AUGAAGGCAGAAUUGUUUUGUAAGUUCUGCCAGUGCAACAGCUUCAGCAACAAGCUGUGUGGAGGGCACGGCCGGUGUGAGUGCAGGGUGUGCAUCUGCGACGCCAACUACACCGGCAGCGCCUGCGACUGCUCGCUGGACACCACCACCUGCCUGGCCUCCAACAAGCAGAUCUGCAACGGGCGGGGCACCUGCGAGUGCGGAACCUGCAAGUGCACCGACCUCAAGUUCCAGGGCCCCACCUGCGAGAUCUGCCCCACCUGCCCCGGCGUCUGCGCAGAGCACCUGUGA